AUGGUAGUACUGAAGAGGAAGAGGGACUUUGGCGAUCAAAAUGAGCCAAGUGCUCCGGUCAUAAUCAGACCCAAAGCGGGGACCAAAGCUUUCGCUUCCGGAAAAGCUAUCAAGGAUGCUCUGGAUACAGCUUCGUCACAAGCCUUCGUGUCAUUCAGGCAGCAAAUCGUCACUCCUCACUCUUCCCUUCCUCUCGCUAUCAACCACCCUACAGUAAUCAUUCUUCAGCAUUACCUUGAUACCUCUCCAACCUGCGAGGAGAUCUUUCGAGCAUGGCAGAUAGGGGAUCAGACAAAAACCGAAAUACAGGCUCAAGCUGCAGUUGAACUCUUAUCAGAAAUCAUCAGCAUUUUAACCCCCAUACCAUUCUUUCGGAGUUCAGUGGUAGGCUUGAUCAACAAGUUGGUUUCGAAUACCGAACCAUACAGUGAAUAUCUCAACCGCUUAUGUCAGUCUGGAAGACGGGAUGAUGUCUAUCACGGAUACCUCUUGGCAGCUGCGGCUGUCGCUGUCGACCCACCUACGUCAACGACCUUAGGGUCAUCUACCUCUGGGAGACUAGGAUUGAAAGUCUGGGGAGUCUUGGUAGAAGGCGGGAUUGUGAGAGGAUUGGGUAAACAGAUGGGUAUGAGGAGGAGGAAUAAGGAGGGUAUGGUCGGCUAUGGAGAAGUCGAUCCAUUGGAUAAGCCAGAUAUACGACACCUCAUCUUACGAACAAUACUUCCCCUCUUAUCGACACCUACCUUCCAAGCUCAUGCUAGAUCGAUUCUUCCCCCUCUUUACUCUGGUCUCUCCGCGGACCCGCCGAUCACUGUCUACAGAGUCCUCACAGCAUUGUGGAAUGCUAUAUCUGGGCCAUCGAUUGGGCUGAAUCGUCGAACGUCCCUGGUACUAUUCCAUGAGAAAUCACUAGAGCAUCUUUGGCAACUCCUCUCCCGACAAGAUGUCGAAUCAAGUACAGGGAAAACUGUUUCCGAGAUAGUGGAAGCUUUCUUGGAAGGGAUCACAACUGUUCCUGGACAAGGUAUCUGCUUCGCGGAUGAAGGUUGGUAUCCUCGUCGGACGACCGACGGGAAUGCAAAUGCCAAUGAAGGUAAUAACGGCACAGCAGUAAACGGAACGAACGAUGAUCGGCACGAUAGCUGGAAGAGAGGAUUGCAUAAUCGGAUUCUCGGGAAUGUCGUGAGAAAGGUCGGGAACAAGGCUGUAGACGAUGAUGGUGUAGUUGGGAAUUGGAUGACCAAGGUCUUCGAGGCCUGUCCAGAGCUCAUAGCUGGAUAUUGGGCACACUCAGCUCUGGCGGUAGAUCCUCGUCUCAAUGCGAGAUGGGUAGGCACAAUGGCUUAUAUUGGACGUAUCAUCUCUCUCCCUACACCCGCUUUAAACACUUUUCGACAACCUGUACCAGCCGGUGCCGAUCCUUCGACAGCCCCUUUCAGAUCUCAUCCACCUGCUACUUCAGUCAUCAUCGAAUCUAUCCUUCCCGCACCCCUCACCAAGAAUCAUAUCAUGAAAGGUCUGCAACUUACCGAUGGUCUGGUUCAACAUGUCACAGCAAUCACUCUUGCACGAGGACUACAAAAGCUUUCAGUCGUUCAAGAACUCUUUUCGCAAAUCGAAAAAAUGAUAGAAGACGAGCCUUCCACUUCGGAAGAAAACGCUUGGAGACGUGGCCGUCGAGAGCUCGAGAUGGAAGCUAGGAAGCGAAUACCGGAACUCAGCGUCAUCAUCGCAUUCGCACAAAAGGCAGCUACCAUGGGCCCGCCCGAACCCGAGACAGAGGCUGAACUUGCUCUCGCGUCAAAAUCAGCUAUGUUGACUGAGAUAGCACUUCGUAUAUUUGGCUUGUGCAAUAAGACCAUGCCAUCUAUGGCUUCCGAGGUGAAGUUCGAUGUCGGAAGGUUACUCGUUUCCGCUUCGAGUGCUAGCGCGGAGAGAAGAGCCAGAAGGGAAGCUAGAGAAGGAAACGUAGAAGGGUUCGAAGCUCUCAGUCAAUUGCAUGUGCUGCAAUUGCUGGGUGAAGUAAGAGAUUGGAAUUGGAUGAACAAGGCGGCUGGAUCUCAGUAUACGUAUCUCUACCAUAUCUUGCUGUUGUACCUUUCCACGCGUCAAUCUGUCACUCAGCUCAAAACUGUCUCACUUCUCCAACAUCUUCUGAUACCAACGUUACUAUACGAUCACGAUCCUUCCGAGCUAUCUAUCUGGCUCGACGCUUUGCCCCGCGCUUCAGACUCGGCGUCAGGACCGAUGCUUUUAGCUCAACAGAUACACCUUCUCUCUUUCCUCGAUGAUUGUUUCAGGAGAGCGAUCAAGACACCUUAUCGAUACAUCGAAGACGCGUUUGCGGUUGUACCGGAUCAUUUCGAAUAUUCGAGGCCUACCGAAAUGGUUAGUCCAGUGUUGAUGACCAUUGUGGAGCAAUUGAACGCGAAAAUAUUGGGUCAACUGAUCAGUACGGAAGCUGCUGGAGUCGUUCUGUUGUAUAUACGGCGGAUUGUCUUGGGACUGGUAGGGAAGCAGAAAGAUCUGCAAUUCUUACUUGCCAUCGUUGGGAAAUUUGACGAUUUGUUGGAAAAGGCGAAGGAAGCUGGUCAAGCUAGAGUUGGUCUUCAAGAUGUUGUUCAAGGUAUGAAGGAUGAUUUGGCGCUUGUACAAGGCGCGAAGCAGAAUAAAAAGUCAACAGAUCGAGAUCCUGAAGCUCACCGCCUGCGAGAUGAAGAAGACUGGUCAGCUCGAUCGUUCGAGCAGACUUGCCUCACCAUGACAGUCGAUCAAUGGGGAGAAGUCGGUGCCCUCACUUCACUUGCAUCCACCUUCAUCAAAUCCGCCGAUGACGCUACCAUCAUCAGAAGAGCAUCUUUCCUUUUACAACUCCUUCCAUCGAAGAAAGGGAUACUAUCAUCUUUAGAAGCUAAAUCUACUGCGCUACAUUUACUUGAUCAAUGCCUGGCAUCACUUGCAAAUCCUCCAUCUCUAGCUCCACUAAAAGCUUCCAUAUUCGAGAACGACUUCGUCAAGCAGCUGUUCUUGAGUGAGAAAGGUGACGAUUGCAGAAUCCCGCUCAACUCCCUUGUCGCUCGUCUCCAGAGCUCUAUAAGCAAUGAUGCAGGUCUUGCGGAAGUAUUCGUACUUGAGCUUGUUGGUGCGUUAAAAUCCGACAAAAAGGGCUCGAAUAUGGAGCGCACUCUUACACUUCUGCAACCAUGGAUCCCGUUCCUUGGCGCCGAGCCAGCUAUAAAAGUCCUCAAACCGAUCAUUAAGCGAUCUGAGACCGCCAUACCCCUCCUAAAAACAACUCUCGCCCCCACUAUCGCAUCAAUGGUGCUCGCUACUAACGAUCCGUCCUACGCGGUCGAUCACAUCAAGGAGCUGGUCAAGCUGAAGUCGAUCUCUCCUGUUGUUCAACUUAUACGAAAAGCGUCAGUGGACCAGGAGAAGCGGAAAUCUUUGAAUGCGUUGUCGAUAAAGAAGGGUGUAGUCCGCGAUUUACUUGCAAUCGAAGAAGACUCCGCUUUCGAACUUGUCACUCUGCUGGCUCAAAUUUCGAAAGACGCAGCGGCCACGAUUUUUGCGGUCCUAUCGAAAGAUUCGACUCAACUAAAGGAUGACAGGGUCCUUCCGAUAGUGGAUAUCUUACUUGACGCCCCGUCUGACAUCUCCGACAGGAAACUUGAUGUUGUGUCGCUUGCCAUCAAGGUGCUGGUUUCCUCCAACGUAUCAUCGACCCAAUCGGAGUCUGCUAUUCGCAUUGUAACUCGACUAUCCCAGCAACAAAAUGAGGAUGUAUUCCAGGAAAUCAGAAAGCUCAAGUUGACAGAUUAUGGUCUGCCGCUAGCUAGACUGACCGAGACACUGGCUGACCGUGGGAGUCAAGUGUUUGAUCCCCCCAUCAAGCACCUGUUAGACUUGGGUUUGCAAUAUGCCGUUAGAGUCUGCUCCAAAGUGGGUGAAUCAAAUACAGACGAACAAGCCGUACUGUCACAUUUAGACAACGCCAUUACAACUGCGGAGGACAUAAAACCGGAGGUGCAACUGUCAGAGCCAGUCAUCACAGCUAUCAUCCAAGAUCGACUUGACAAUGAGGAGGCUAUCAUACUUGCCGUAAUUCUCGCCAGACGAGUCGAUAUGAAGGCAUCCUUCAUCCGUCAACAACUCCAAGCGCUUCUUGCUAGCUCAGCAUAUAAUCGUUGCAUCGACUCAUCUUGUCCCGCUUCCACCCGCCUCAACUACAUUCGACUGCUUCAUUCCCUUUUUGCAGCUUCUACCUAUGUCUCCUGUCAACCCAAUUUCAUCGAGCCUCUCGUCCCACUCUAUAGAGGUACCUUGUCCGAAUCUGAUCGAUUGAUAUUGAAUAUGUUCCAGCUAUUCGAAGGAUAUAGGAAAUUAUCUGUAUCGAGUAUACUAAGAUUCUGGUCUGCUAGUGGGAUCAUCGGAUCAGGCAAUCGAUCUUUCGACGCUCUGACUUCAUUAGAUCCUCAGAAGGUUUUCGCUACCUGUCAAGCUUACCCUCUUCGAAGACCUCUGAGAGGGUAUGGUAAAGCGAGUCGUCAACCAGAAGACGGAGAAGGAAUGUAUGACCCAGUGUUCGUCAUGAACCUUUUGACAAGUACGAUGUCUGAAGGAACAGUGACAGGUCUCGAUUGGGUAGAAAUACUUAGAAGUAAUGUCUUGGGUCUGACUAUUUGCGGAUUGUCAUCACGGGAUAAAGAAAUUAGAACAGUGGCGGGUUAUGUAUUGGCAAAGGCGUACCAUUUGAUUAACAAAAAACCAUUCUACGAGCGAAAUCAACUUCUUUACACUCUUCGAUUACUUCGUCAUUCCAUUGAAACACCUUCCGCCCGAUUACCAAUACUCACAACACUUUUCUUCGCCCAUGCCCUGAGAUCACUCGCGAACCCAUCACAUUUCUUGUACCCUCUAUCGUCGAGAUUCUUGCUUCAGCGACAUGUAUUCGAUCCUACCGAUACGCCGAUGCUUUACUCCAUGUUAUAUGCUUCUGGAGAUGGGUGGAAGAGGGAUCGGGGUUGGAUCAUAAGAUUCUUGAAGGAUGGAGUGAGAAGUGACGCUGAUUGGCGAGUCAUCAGAAGAAGGAAAGUAUGGUCCCUUCUGGCUACGAUGUUUAGCUCUUCCUUGGAUCCUGCUUUCCGUCGUACUGUCCUUCAGGCAAUGGAAAGCAUGGUGACUAUCCCCGCGGCUGCUCGAUCGCUUGUCCUGCGCGAUGGUCUCAUUGUCUGGCUUUCGAUGCAAUGGACCAACGUCACUCGACGGCAAAUAGACUCCCAUUUGAAGGGUACGAAAGCCCAGACAUGGGAGAAGGACGAGAAAGCUAUGAUACUGAAUCUGGUCGAGAAGGUCUGUGUCAAUAUGAUACCUACCGAGAUUGAGAGAGUAAAAGAAGGUAAAGAGAUUGGGAACUGGGUUGGACACGUUGAGAUCUUCUUCAAAACGGUCCUUGAUGCUGAUGUGGAUGCGGAACGACUGGUCGUCCUUACACGGAUCUUAUACCGAUUAUCAACCAUACCCCGACUUAGACUUACAACUGCCAUCGUACCGCUACUUGUGGACCAACUGAAAAAGUUGGAGGACUCUUUAGCACCGACAAAAGCAGAUUUAACCUCUUUCUUAUUCCAUAUCGGACUGAACACUGAUCCGGAAAAUUUGAGACAUGAUAUCAGAGGGAAAGAAGCAAUCGAAGAGGUUGGGUGGAGGGCCGAAAGAGGCGAUGCGGGUGACGAAUUGGCUGAUUGGGUAAAGAAGGAAAGGAGAUUGGUAGAAUGGGAAAACUGA